AUGUCAAUUCCAAGAAAGUUCAUAAUUCGCAUCAAGUUGCUACUAAAUUCAUUGAACAACACCGACAACAGCAGCUUCUCUAUUAAGAGGUGCAACUACGUAAGCGAAACCAGCAAUAGCUACAAAAACACAGACAACGUUAUUUUUCGAGAUAGUCUCAUGAAACUACACUUGAAACUGCAACAUAAACCCAAAUUAACAGAAAAUCAGCCUAAAUUAGACGUAAUAGGCAAAAAAGGUCAGCAGCCACACUACCACACCUUGGCCUGGCCCACCCCCGUGGAAACUUUGGUCUUCCACGUAGAAAUUUGA